AUGACGACUAAGACCAUCCAUGGAAACUCGCAAUUUCAGAAGCCCUCCUCUCUACGCUGGACGUGGGAGUCACUCGGUGGAGGUGGAGGUGGAGUCCAUACUGAAAUUGACCACAUCAUCGUCAGUAAAAGGUUUUGUCUGACGGAUGUCGCUGCUGUGCCAAAGUUUUAUACGGGAUCGGACCAUCGCCUCCUCCGGGAAAGGUUUUCGUUUGCCGAGAAGAGAAAGUCGCAAAGACUGCACGAGGAAAGCUCAGAGUUCUGGAAUCACCAAAAGACGCCUGUCUCCGGAAACUCUAGAGCUGAUACGUCAGCGUGGAACUGCACGAGCAGCAGGCAACCAGGAACUCACGUCCGAGCUCGCAAGGCUUUGCAGAGAGGCGUUAAAAAAGACCUCAAAGAGAGAAGAGCAGAAGUGUUGGCUGAAGCUGCAGGGGCGGGAAAGAGCAUUCGCUACGCAGAUCGAAAAUUCGCCAAUCGAAAGACGAGGAUGAGUGCUCUCCGGAACCCAAAUGGAACAGCCAUAGCAUCGAGAAGGGGGAUGGAGAAAAUCAUCUACGACUUCUACUCUGAUCGCUUCGACAGCCAUGUCCACUUGCCUCCUCACCAUCUGAGGGAAGACGGACAUGUCAUUCCAGAGGUUCUCCCGUCCGAAGUACGGCAUGCUAUCAUGUCGGUAAGAAAUCGUACGGCACCCGGUCCCGACAGGAUAAGAUCUGAACAUCUGAAGAAUCUUGAGCCAGUUCUCAUCAACACUCUGGCGAGAUUUAUCAGGCGUUACCUGAAUACAAGGUCCCCAAACAGUGGAAGACCAGGGAAACCCUCUUGCUGUAUAAGAAGGGAGAUCCACAUGACAUCGGGAACUAUCGCCCAAUUUGCUUACUGUACGUCAUCUAUAAGCUCUUUACAAGAGUGA